CUGUAGUUCUCUAUUCCAGACAAACCCAUCGACAUAUACACCACCUGCUUUUCUAACUAAAAGCUAUACUGUAUUUAAUAGCAUAGGGAACUUACCGUCCGCCACUCACAAUCAUGUCGAGUGCUAAUUCCAAAGGAGGGUCGAAAGAUCCCUCCAAACAUGGAAGUGACAAGGAUAAACCUAGAAUUGACACGUCGCAGUAUAGUUACAAUGCGAUGUCAAAUUUGGUUACGCAACCUGAUCGAAGAUUUGUUUCUAGACGUGACACUGAGCCUACGGGUGAACCAGAGUCUCUUGCGAAUCGCGUUAAUGUAUCUGAAAUGGGUACUCGUGCACAAACGAGUAAAGCAGAGACUCUUCCUCAAGGGUUUACUCAAGAGGUACAGGAAGACCGUGUUCCUGUUGCUGAGGGAUAUCCUGCGAGGACUGAAGCUAAAUUACCUAGGCGUAAAGGUACACCUGGCUCAACUUUGCUAGGCGCUUCUGAUACCUUAGAAUCUUUAAGAUACCAACCCUUAACGGAUGAGACACGCGAAGUAUAUGACUACAUUUUAGCCUUUGUGCAACAAUACUUAGGUGAUCAGGCACCUGAGGUCUUACGAUCUGCAUCCGACCUGGUAAUUGAAAUCAUUAAAGAUGAUACCUUAGUAGACUCAAGCAAAAUUGAACAGGUGAAUGAGAUUUUAGGUGCCAAGGUCCCUAACGAUCGGUUCUCCCAAUUAGUUAAUCUUGGUAAUCGUUUGACUGAUUAUACAAAGGAGAAAGAAACUGCCAUGGACGAAAGGGACUUGUAUGAUUCAGGUGUUCCUGUUUUGUUCAAUGAAGCAGAUGAAGAAGAAGAAGCGGUUGAAGCAAUGGAAGAAGAAGAAGAAGAACCCACUGCCGCCGAAUACGAAGGUGUAGAAGACGAAGGAGUUCCUACAGAAGACCAAGACACAGAAGUAGCCGUUAUUUCUGGCAAUGCUAAAAAAGUAUCUGAAGAUUCAAGACUUCAUCCUAGAGACAUAGAUGCAUUUUGGCUCCAAAGAGAAGUUGCAAAAUAUUAUCAUGACGCACAUAUUUGUCAAGAAAAAACCAGUCUUGCAUUCGAUUCUCUUUCAUCUAAUGUUGAUCUCGGUGAACUUGAAAAUGAUUUAAUGAAUAUUUUUGAUUAUGAGCAUUUUUCUUUGGUACAACUAUUAACGAAAAAUCAGUGGAUGAUAGUUUACUGCACUCUACUUAAGCGAGCUCCCGAUACAAAGGAACGCUUAAAUAUUGAGACCCAUAUUCGAGAAGCUGGCCAGUCCUGGAUAUUACAAUCUUUGGAGUAUAAUGUACCUAUUCCUUCCGAGGUUUCACAACAAGAUGCAAAAGCUUCCGUAGAUGGACAGACACUUACUCCUGUUGAAGAUGCGGCACUCAGGCCCAGUGCUGACCAGGCGAUCAAUAAAGUAACUCCCAAACAACAAGUAAACUUGGAGAACUAUGUGUUUUCGGAAGGUGCUCAUCUCAUGUCGAAUAAGGCAGUCAAGCUUCCUGAGGGGUCAUUCCGACGUACUGGUAAAGGAUAUGAAGAAAUACAUGUUCCUGCUCCAGCGAAGGCUACAAUGAAGCCAGAUGAACGAUUAGUAUCUGUGAGUGAACUUCCUGAAUGGGCACAUGGAGCAUUUCCUAAUACGCCUACGUUAAACCGAAUUCAGAGUCACUUGUUUCCAAUCGCUUAUGGGACAGAUGAAAAUGUUUUACUUUGUGCUCCUACUGGUGCAGGUAAAACUAAUGUGGCUAUGCUAUGCAUUUUAAAUGAAUUACAGAAACACCUCAAUUCUGAUCUUUCUUUUCAAAAGAAUGAAUUUAAGAUCGUUUAUAUCGCGCCAUUGAAAGCAUUGGUCCAAGAAAUGGUUAAUAAUUUUUCAAAGCGCUUAAACCCAUACGGACUUCAAGUCUCAGAAUUAACUGGUGAUAGUCAGUUAACUAAGCAACAGAUAACGAAUACCCAAGUUAUUGUCACAACACCUGAGAAAUGGGACAUUAUUACCAGAAAAUCAAAUGAUUUAUCGUACGUGAAUCUAGUUCGCUUAAUAAUCAUUGAUGAAGUUCAUUUGCUACAUGAUGAAAGAGGGCCGGUUUUGGAAUCUAUUGUUGCACGUACCCUUCGUCAUCAGGAAGAAUCUUUGGAGAGGAUUCGUUUAGUAGGCCUUUCAGCUACUCUACCUAAUUAUAGAGAUGUCUCGAGUUUUUUGCGAGUCAAUCCCAACAAGGGUUUGUUCUAUUUUGAUUCAACAUAUCGCCCUUGUCCAUUAAAGCAAGAGUUUAUUGGAGUAACUGAAAAGAAGCCAAUUAAGCGUUUGCAGGCUACUAAUGAAGUUUGCUAUGAGAAAACUAUGCAGCACGCUGGCAAAAAUCAGGUUCUUAUAUUUGUGCAUUCUAGGAAAGAAACUUAUAAGACUGCUCGUUUUAUACGAGAUAAGGCUUUAGAAGAAGAAACAAUUGGUCAUAUUUUGCGUUCGGAUGCAGCUUCUCGUGAAAUUUUACAAACCGAAGCUGAUACUACUAAAAACGAGCAUAUGAAAGAUCUUCUUCCCUAUGGAUUUGCUAUACAUCAUGCAGGAAUGCGACGAGAAGAUCGCCGAACAGCAGAGGAUUUAUUUGCGGAGGGUACAAUUCAAGUUCUAGUAUGUACUGCCACUUUGGCGUGGGGUGUCAAUUUACCAGCCCAUACUGUAAUCAUCAAAGGUACUCAAAUAUAUUCACCUGAGAAAGGUAUGUGGACAGAGCUUUCACCACAGGAUGUACUUCAAAUGCUUGGUAGAGCAGGUCGACCACAGUUUGACACAUAUGGUGAAGGUAUAAUUAUUACUGCACACUCUGAACUACAGUAUUAUCUAUCCUUGAUGAACCAACAAUUACCUAUAGAAUCGCAACUGAUGACUCGCUUAGCAGAUUGUCUAAAUGCAGAACUAGCUAUGGGUUCAGUUAGAAGUAUUGAAGAUGGUGUUGAAUGGUUGGGUUUUACUUAUCUAUAUGUUAGAAUGCUAAGAUCUCCUGGUCUUUACAGUGUAGGCCCGGAAUAUGAAGAUGACAAAUAUUUAUUACAGAAGAGAGCCGAUCUAAUUCAUUCUGCUGCUUUACUUCUUGAAAAAUGUAGGCUUCUUGUUUACAACAAAGAAACUGGUACGUUAACGGCCACUGAAUUGGGCAAAGUUGCUGCCAGCUACUAUGUAUCUCAUAACUCAAUGGCUACAUAUAACAGAUUAUUCAAUCAGUCUAUAUCUUUCAUAGAGCUCUUCAGGAUUUUUAGCUUAUCGGAUGAAUUCAAAUAUAUACCCGUACGAGAGGAAGAAAAGGUUGAACUCGCAAGACUGUUAGAGCGCGUGCCAAUUCCUAUACGUGAAGGCCUUGAUGAUUCUUCAGCGAAGGUCAACGCAUUGUUGCAAUCAUAUAUUUCAAGGCAACAGCUUGAUGGUUUUGCUUUAGUAGCAGACAUGAUUUAUGUAACGCAGUCUGCAGGAAGAAUUAUGAGAGCAAUCUUUGAAAUUGCCCUUCGUCGUGGGUGGUCCUCUGUUGCGAAGAUGGCAUUAGACACUUGCAAGAUGAUUGAAAAGCGUCUUUGGCCCACAAUGAGUCCCUUAAGACAAUUUCCAAACUGCCCCAAUGAAGUAAUUCGACGAGUUGAAAAGAAAGAUUUUUCUUGGUACCGCUAUUUUGAUUUAGAUCCUGCUGAGUUGGGUGAAUUAAUUGGCGUUCCCAAGGAAGGAAGACGGAUUUAUAAUAUGGUUCAGUCAUUUCCAAGAAUCAAUGUAGAAGCUCAUAUUCAACCUAUCACUCGAUCAUUGCUGAGAGUUGAAUUAUCAAUAACUUCUCAGUUUACUUGGGAUGAUUCCCUUAGUGGUACUUCUGAGGCUUUUUGGAUACUUGUUGAAGAUGUCAAUGGUGAGAAUCUAUUGCAUUACGAACAAUUCUUUUUGCUCAAGAAGUAUCAGGAAGAUGAACAUAUUGUGAAUUUUACUGUUGGCUUGACGGAGCCUCUUCCUCCUAAUUACUUCAUUACUGUUGUAUCAGAUCGUUGGUUACAUUGCAAUUUCAAAGUACCGUUGUCAUUUAAGCGGUUGAUUAUGCCCGAGAAAUUUCCAGCCCCAACACCUCUUCUUGAUUUACAGAACGUUCCUAUUACUGCCUUAGGAAAUCCUGAAUAUAUUUCAUUAUACGAGUCUCAAUUCAGUCAUUUUAACAAAUUGCAAACUCAGGUUUUUAAUGCCUUAUACAAAUCAAAUGAUACCUUGUUUAUUGGCGCUCCCAACGGUAGCGGAAAAAGUGUUUGCGCUGAACUUGCAUUAUUGAAUAAUUGGAAAAAUCCCGACGCUGGUAGUGCUGUCUAUCUUGCCCCAUUGCAAGAAAUCGUGGAUCAAAAGUUUGAAGAAUGGAAAGAAAGACUUGGUAAUGUUGGUGAAGGAAAGGUGCUGUUUAAGUUGACAGGCGACCGAUCUGAAGAUCUGAAACUUAUUCAAGUUGCUGAUCUUAUACUUGCUACCCCAACUCAAUGGGAUUCGUUAUCAAAGAGAUGGAGAACAAUGCGCAGCAUACAUAAGGUCGAUAUGUACAUAUGUGACAAUCUUCAGUUAUUGGGUGGUACCCACGGGCCUCUUUAUGAAGUAGUACUCUCGAGAAUUCGUUAUAUGUCUUUGCAAUUAGAAAAGCAUAUAAGAAUUGUUGGUUUCUCUGUUUCUUUGGCUAACGCACGAGACCUUGGUGAGUGGUUAGGUGCUAAUCCUCAGAAUAUAUUCAACUUUAGUCCCAAGGAUAGGCCUAAUCCAUUAACAAUCCAUUUGCAGUCAUUUAGCAUAAGCCAUUUUCCAUCGCUUAUGUUGGCUAUGGCUAAACCUGUAUACCGUGUGCUUGUACAAAGUAUAUCUCAAAGAAAAUCCAGUCUUGUAUUCACACCUGAUCGGAAAGUCGCCAGACAGCUUGCUCUUGAUAUCGUUACAUUUAGUUUGGCAGAUGAAGAUGAAUACCAGUUUUCUGUAGCAGAAACGGAAGCAAUUGAGACCGUCCAAGACGUUACUUUGCGUCAAUCUCUUAGACACGGAAUAGCAUUCGUUUCUGAAAUAACGUCGUCACACGACAAGGACAUUAUUGAGACCAUGUUUAAUCAUGGUCUUAUGAAAGUAUUAAUUGCUACACAUGAUGUAAUAUAUUCUUUGAAUGUCAAGUCAAAUGUGGUGAUUGUUAUGGGUACUCAGCAAUAUGAUGGAAAAGAGCAUCGAUACAUUGAUUAUCCAAUCAGUGACUUACUGCAAAUGCUAGGUUUCACUGCAAAUAUGAGAACCAAUGUCGUUAGUCAGGCCGUUCUAUUGACGGUAAAUACUAAGAAGGACUACUACAAGAGAUUCUUAAAUGAACCAUUACCUAUGGAAAGUCACUUGCAGGUGUGGCUUCACGAUGCUUUUGUUUCGGAAAUCUCAACGCAAACUGUUGAAAACAAACAGGAUGCUGUAGAUUGGUUGACAUGGACUUACAUGUAUAGAAGAUUGGUUGCGAAUCCUACGUAUUACGGUCUUCAGGACAUAACCCACGAAUCCGUUUCAGAAUUCCUUUCAGAUAUUGUUGAAACCACUAUGAAUGAUCUAAACGAAGCCCGUUUGAUCACCGUGGAUGAAGAAGAUGACAGUUGCGUACCCCUGAAUUUGGCAAUGAUUGCCUCGUUUUACGGGAUUACCUAUGUCACCAUGCAGACUUUUGCUCUAAGCUUAACAGAGCGUACCAAGAUGAAAGGUUUAUUGGAAAUUGUGACAUCUGCUGCGGAAUAUGAACAAUUGCCUAUAAGGAAAUAUGAGGAUAUUGCCUUAGCUCGUAUACAUUCACGGCUACCGGUUCGCCUAAGUAGCCCGGAUUAUGAGGAUUCUCACACAAAAUCUUUUAUUUUACUAGCUGCCCAUUUUUCACGUUUUGAACUACCUGCAGAAUUGGCGUUGGACCAAAAGUUCUUACUUAGCAAAGUAUUGAACUUGCUCAGUGCAUGUGUCGAUACUCUCUCUUCCGAAGGUCAUCUCGUCGCUUGUAUCAGACCAAUGGAAAUGUCCCAGAUGGUUACUCAGGCUGUCUGGGAUCGCGACAGUCCGUUGAAACAGAUUCCCUAUUUCGAUGAUGCAUUGAUUAAACGCUGCAACGAGAAGGGUGUGCAAGACGUUUUCGAUGUGAUUGACAUGGAUGACGAUGAACGCGUGAAGUUGUUGCAAAUGGAUAAUGCUCACCUUGCCAAAUGUGCAGAAUUUAUUAAUAAAUACCCCGACAUUGACAUUAAUUUUGAAGUUCAUGAUUCGGAUAAUGUACAUGCAAACGCGUCCACAUUGUUGUUAGUGCAAUUGAACCGGGAAGUUGAAGAAGAGGAGGAUAUUGAUAUCACAGUGUUUGCCCCUUAUUUCCCCGUGAAGAAAACGGAGCAUUGGUGGUUAGUGGUUUCCGAUGACCAGAAUCUUUUAGCGAUUAAGAAGGUCACCUUGGGUCGAUCCUUAACCACGAAACUCGAGUUUGUACCACCCGAAAUGGGUAAAAAGUCAUUUAAACUCAGUUGCUUCUGCGACUCCUAUAUGGGGGUUGAUUAUGAAAAAGAAUUUUCUUGUGAUGUUUUGGAGCCUUUGGACGAAGAAAUGGAUGAUGCAGAAGAAUAAACAAUAUUUAACGCUUAUUAAUUUCGGCUUGGAGAAUUCUGCUGAUUCGAUUAUUAUUAUCUUGCGAUUCUUUAUACAUGAAGGAAUUUAAUGAAUGCUUUCUUCUAUUUUGGAUGAAGCCGGAGUGAAAGCAGAAAAGGAUUUGGAUCAGGCUAAUGACUGCUUCUUGGCCGUAAUAGAGUUAGUUUAGAGGAAUUUAUUUAUAAUGAGGAUAACAUCGUUUCGGUUUUGUAAAUAAUAAAUGGAUUGAUUUUAUA